AACGAUCUAGCAUUCUUGUUUCAGUACCAAGUCUUACAAAAUUUAAGAUAAUGGCUGACGAAAGAGUGGCGUUUCUUCUUAUAUUGAUAUGGAAUGCUGUGCUAUUGUUCAUCUAUUGGGAAAUGCAUAAAAGCCAUGUCGAAGGUUCAAGAUCUGACUUGUUGGCUUAUUUUUCAUCAAUUUACUGGUUGACGGAAAAUGCAAUAUUAUUCUGGGGAUUUGGUUUAGCAUCUGCAUUUGGUGCAAUUUUUUUUCUUGCUGCGAAAACUUUACCUGAGGAAUACUUUAGAAAAAUAGCAAAAACAAUAAUUCUUGCUACUGGUAUUACUAUUGUGGGUCUUGCUAUGUUGACAAGAGGAAAAUUAUAUGGAGGGAUUAAUUACAACGAACGCAAUGAAAUGGAAACCUUGCCGUAAAUUUUAAUUGAAUUUACUAUUUAUUGGUGUUUUAGUUUUUAUUUUCUCUUCUUUUUUCUCUUUCUUUUAAAGCAAUAAAUAUCAUCUUUAUGAUAAGAACUACAUAAUUGUACAUGUGAAGUUCAAAUAAAAAGAUUUGAUUGAAAAUCA